AUUUGUCUUUUGACACAUUAUUAUUGUUCUUACUAAACACUUUUCACAACUUGGGGUGGGAAAACCCUUAGAAAACGUUGAUUUCCUCAGUCAUACAGUUGACGUGGGUGGAAAUCUAGCUGAGUCUCCUCCCACCAACUCUCUCCUCCCUCUUCUUCAGACUUUCAGAUCGGUCAGACAUUCUCUGCCUGUCUCACAGGAUUAAGCAGCUCCAGGCCAGUCCCAGCUCCAGGCCAGUUUAUCCCCACGAGGCUUCAGCUUAGACAACCAUCAAGAUGGAGAAAGGAUACGCCCCAGAUGAGUCAGCCCCCCCCUAUCCCGGACCCCCAGUCAACUACGGGGGUAUGGCUCCGGGCUCACACCCAGGAAUGUACCCCCAGCCUGGCUACCCCCCGGCACCCGGCCCACCCUCCCAGCCUGGGUUCCAGCCAGGUCCCUAUCAGGGAGGUGUGUACCCCCCUGCCCCCCAGUACCCUGUUGGAGUACCUACACCAGUCACUACAGUGACCACGGUGGUGGUGACUCCAGCACUGAGGGACGCUCCCGGCCAGGCAAUGUGUCCCCACUGCAGGGAGAACGUGGUCACCAAGACAGAACACUCCGCUGGCCUGCUGGCCUGGCUCGUCUGUGGAGGCCUCACCAUCACCGGGUGCUGGCUCUGCUGCUGCAUCCCAUUCUGUGUGGACUCCAUGCAGGAUGUGGUGCAUCGCUGCCCCAACUGCAACGGCAUGAUCUACGUCUACAAACGCAUAUGAUCGGGUUCAGCUCCCUCGACGGGAUCAGCCCACGUAUAAGAACUGUCCACCAAUCAGCCCUUUUUUUAACAUUCCGUAGCCUUCCGUGACGUAAAGCUUUUUUGGGGAGAACAUUUUCAAUAUAUGCAAAUAGUCCCCUCUUUUACAGCAGUCAAUCUGCUCUUAAAAUCCAAUCAGAAUGAGAGUGAUUUCACCUUUCUAGAACUAGUUCACACUUUCCCCUGUGCUGAUGUUAUGACUUACUGAAAUUAUGUUAGCAGUCAUUUUAUGCCAAGGCCCAGCAAGCUUUGCAAACACAAAAUGUAUGUCGCUCCCAAUACUGGCCACGGCUGUAUAUAGGCAUAAGUGAACCGUGUCAAAUAUACAGUGAAUCCACAGUGAAACUCAAAAUAGAUCUUUUAAAAGAAUGUUUCUUCUACUAAA